ACUAGUUAUAGACCAAAACGCAGCGUCUGUUCAUAGGGCAGCGUUUGGAUUUUGGAUCCACCAUCAAAUUUCAGUUGAGGGACGCUUUAACUUCCCAGCUCUAGGGUUCCUCCAAUUUUACCUCCCUUGCUCAGCUUCUUCCCCCUUCGCGUCCUUCGCUCCUCCACCUCGCCACGCCAAUACGCCGUCGUUUAUCGCAACUCAGCUUCUUCUCUCUUCUUACCUUUCUCUUAAUCGGAGAAAAGGGGUUUCGUUGGAUAUGGAUAGUCAUGAACAGUUGAACGAGGAAAUGGAGAUGGAUAUGGAGAUGGAUUCGGGUUCCGAAGGUGAAAAGAGCAGAGCUAGUAACUAUGUAAGUGGCUCUUUGGAAGAUGAGAAGCCGUCAUGUCAAGCUGAGGAUUCUGCUGAGCCUGCCGCCGCCAUGUGCGGUGCCCCUACCUUGCAAGUGGGUUUUGAAGUAACCAACACUGUCGUGAUCUCCGAGGAAGUUAAAGGAGCGAAUGGCGAGAAUGGCAGCCUCUCGUCUUCUUUGAAGGGCGAAGGGAGUCCCACCAGAAACUGUGUGUUGGAUGGAAGAUCUAUUUUAGGUGCUAAACGAGCCCGGAUUGCUGUUGAUGAACAUCAACCAUCAGUUCAUUUCGUAUAUAAUUCCCUAACAAGAGCUAGUAGACAGAAGCUUGAAGAGCUACUACAGCAGUGGUCAGAGUGGCAUGCUAAACAUGUUUCUUCAUCCAAUGAUCCUAGCGAUGUGUUGGAAUCUGGCGAGGAGACAUUUUUUCCUGCUCUAAACGUUGGCCUUGAAAAGACCUCGGCUGUGUCAUUCUGGAUGGAUAAACAGACAAGAAAUGAUAAGAAUAAAGAUUUUGUACCUGUAGAUGAUAAUUCUGUACCUCUAUAUGAUCGUGGAUAUGCUUUGGGAUUGACUUCAGCUGAUGGUUCAAGUAACUUGGAUGGUGGUUUGGAGAUUGUGGAUGAUGCUGCCCGGUGUUUCAACUGUGGUUCCUACAGCCAUUCCUUGAGAGAUUGUACGAGGCCUCGUGACAGUGCUGCUGUCAAUAUUGCUCGCAAGCAGCACAAGACCCGUCGAAACCAGAAUGCGAGUUCUCGAAAUCCAACUCGAUAUUAUCAGGAUUCUCCAACUGGAAAGUAUGCUGGUUUGAGGCCAGGUGCUCUUGAUGAUGUAACACGUCAACUCUUGGGCUUGGGGGAACUUGAUCCACCCCCUUGGCUUAACAGAAUGCGGGAAUUAGGGUACCCACCUGGAUAUCUUGAUGUGGAUGAUGAGGAUGAACCUUCUGGUAUUACGAUCUACACUGAUAGGGAGAUUGCAGAGCAAGAGGAUGGAGAAAUUGUGGAAGUUGAUUAUUCAAAACCAAAACGAAAGAUGACCAUUGAAUUCCCAGGAAUAAAUGCUCCUAUUCCAAAAAAUGCUGAUGAUAAAUUGUGGGCGGUCGGGCCUGCGCCCUCGGGUUCAGAUACAUCAAAUAGUUCAAGGACACACCACAGAUCAAAUCAUAGCUCAGACUAUGGCAGCAGAGGAUACUUUCGUGAGCAAAGAUCUUCUGGGGAUUUCCGGGAUGAUGGUCCCCCUGGGGACCCAGGAUACGGUUCCUAUACGCAUAGUUUUCAUCCUAGGUAUGGUGGACAUGAUUCUUUGGCAAGGAGUCCUUCAAUGUCGAGGUCCUAUUCAGACGAUAGGAGAAGUCCUUUGCAUGAAGAAGAACCCCCCAGGCCUUUUUCCUUUCAUUCUCUUCAUUACUCAAGUUCAGAGAGGCUUUCUUCGUCCUUUGACCGAGAUUUUGGUAGAUUUGGAAGCUCAACCUCUGGAAGCCUACCCGACAGAGAUUACGAUCGAACAUCUCGAAUGCACUCAGAUGAUCGUUACUCUCGUAGUUGGAGAUGAAAUUAAAUUAUGUAUCCAAAAAACAAAAGAAAAAUACAAGGUUAGGGAAUGUACAAAGUGCUAGGGAAGUUGGCAUAUAUUUAGCCGUUUCUGGUAGCUUUUUGUAUGCAUACUCCUUUUGUUAUUAGGUUUCCGACCUCAACUAUUUUGUAACUCUGGUUUGCUUGCAGAAAGGAUUGUAAAAUAAUCUACUGUUGGCUCAUUUAUAUAUAUAAAUCAUUGUCUAAGUUUUUAAAA